ACAAGCAGGCCCCCAGAUGGAGAACCAGCCUCUGAGGUGGCGGGCCCUGCCGGGCCUCCCAUGCCCUCCUGGGCCCCCGACAGCCCACUGGCUCCUCCUUAGCCUGCUGCUGCUGCCCGGGACCCUGCGACUGGCAGGAGGACAGUCAGUGACCCACACCGGCCUGCCCAUCAUGGCCUCCCUGGCCAACACAGCUGUCUCCUUCAGCUGCAGGAUCACCUAUCCAUACACUCCCCAAUUCAAGGUUUUCACAGUCAGCUACUUUCAUGAAGAUCUCCAGGGACAGAGGAGCCCUAAGAAGCCGACCAACUGCCACCCUGGACUGGGCACAGAGAACCAGAACCACACCCUGGACUGCCAGGUCACCCUCGUGCUGCCAGGUGCAUCGGCCACUGGCACCUACUACUGCUCUGUCCACUGGCCACACUCCACGGUGAGAGGCAGCGGCACCUUUAUCCUGGUCAGAGACGCAGGGUACCGAGAGCCCCCGCAGAGUCCACAGAAGCUCCUGCUCUUUGGCUUCACCGGCCUCCUGAGUGUCCUGAGUGUAGUGGGCACGGCCCUGCUGCUCUGGAAGAAGAAGCAGAUGCGGGGUCCAGGGAAGGACCCCACCAGGAAGUGCCCAGAUCCAAGAUCUGCCAGCAGCCCUAAGCAGCAUCCUUCAGAAUCCGUCUACACAGCUCUGCAGCGCCGCGAGACCGAGGUCUAUGCCUACAUAGAGAGUGAGGAUGGCAGCCCACCCACCGCCAAGCAGAGCCCCCUCUCCCAGGAGAGACUGCAUAGAUUUGAAGAUGAUGGCGAACUUAACCUGGUCUAUGAAAAUCUCUAGGAUGGGCUCCACUGCUCAUAGAGCUUGCCCUGGGUCAGAGGACCGGGGCAGCCCCUGCCACCAAAGGACUUGACCUGAGUUGGGAGUAAGGCCCCCAGGGACACCCCAUCAUUUCACCCUCACAUUCAAGGCCCUUCCUGCCUUGGCCGGCCCUACUGCCCCCCAUUCUAUACCCCAGCUGCCAAGGUUUUCCCAUCUUGCGGCCCUUGCCCAGGCUGUUCCUUCUGCCAGGCAGGGCCUUCCUCCCUUGGCCCAACCAGCAAAGUGCCCCUCAGUCUUCAAGGGCUUUCCUGGAUGCCACCCUUGCCCAGAGCCCUGCUCACUGCCUCAUGCUGACAGAGCAGCAUGCUCUCUUGGCUCUCUUGGCACCAGGCUGCACCUCAGCCAGCAGGGCAGCCUCUGAGCUGAGGGAGGACCCUGCAAGGGCCCCUAGCAGUGCUGUGUGGGGAGCCGACGUAUGGAGGAGCUGGGGAGCAGUCAUGCAAAUCCCUACCUACCCAGCUGGGCCAGAGGCACGAGGCAGCCAGGCAGGGUGGGAGCAGGGACUGGCGUGGGAGGUUCUGGGGGACAGACAAGGAUGAUGGACCCCGCAGAGGCAAGACUGGGAUCAGGGACAGAUCUGGAGGCCCAGGACAUGGCUGAGAGAUGGUCAGCAGGCUGGGGGCAUGAAGCAGAGAGGGCUUGGUUACAAGCCAGUGAGGAAGGAGAUUCUGGCAUGUUUGGGGUGAGGGCAGAGGGACAGAUGAGGGGAGGAGGGUGCUGGCUAAACAGGAGCUGAAUGAAUGGCCUGAAGCUCCCCCUCCCAAGGGUUCCCACUCCCAUUGGCCUGGCCCUGUACGCGCACUGUGUCAUCUCCUUGGUCACCCUCUGCUCCAGGCCUUCUCCACCGCAGGACCUCAGCUGUCCCUCCUUCUACCCAAGGUGGAGUCCCCCAAAGUCCCUUCUGUCUGGUCUGUCCUGUGCCCACCACCUGUGGCUUCAUCCAGCCCUCCUCCUCUAUCUUUAUCUGCCAUAGGCCCCAGCCCUGGCCCCCUGUGGAUUGAGGUCCCAAGUGGUCCGGCGGGGUUUGGUGCUGGGACCCUCAAUGGCAGCCGGAAGGUCCCUCUGAGGCAGAAGCUCAGGCCCCAUGGGGACAGUGGCUCCCCAGUGCCUGGCCCUGAGCCAUUUCCGCUGUUUCAAGUGCCCACAUCACCCUCAUUUCCUCCUCACAGCAGCCCUGCACUGUGGCCAGAAACCCAUCCACAGGCAGGCAGUGGCUGGGGUCCGGGUGGCCCCGGGCUGUUGGGCUCUGCUUCCUCCCUCUGCUCCCCCAUGUCUCCCUGAGUUCUCCCACCUUUGCUCGUUUGUAAAAUGGGCAGGUCAAUCUUCCCACCCUACCGUGUGGGCUGCCCCAACCCCAAAUGUGCCCAGGGAGGUUGGGGAACCCGAGGCACAGGCCCCGCCCCUGCCCCCAAGCAGCACUGGGUUACUGGCUCUCAGAGACACCUUUGGUUCUGCAG